CAGCCUGCAAGAGCUCAGUCGUCGAGUUGGCCUGCUAGUGAGCAGACGCACACAGUUUUCUCUCUGCGGUUUUCGCUCCUUUUCCCAACAUUUCGUUUCCCACCAACUUGGCUGCACCUCGGUCGAGACUGAGCCUUGGGCUGGUAUUGCUAAGCCCAUCGUCCAUUUUCUUCGGUGUUUUUAAGUCGGCAACUUGGUACCAUUUGCCGUGGCAUUCUCUGCGAAUGUUUGACAUUACUUCAUAGUCAUCGAAGCGAUACAACCAUUUAUCCUGUGGCGUCCUUUGUCGGUAAUGCUGAGUCUGGAUGUGCCCAUCUGCAAGGAACUUGAGAUAUUGUGAAGCACCGUGACAGUUGAAACACCGCCAUCGUCAUCGCCUCUGUUUGUUUUUCUUUAACCGCUAACACCAUGGCCGUUAUGCUGUCAUACUUCAAGCCGAGCGUCAUGUUUUUCCACCGGCGAAUGCUCAUACGAGCAUCGCUGUUCCUCAAUUUUUGUGUCUUGACUUACGUUGCCUUACAGGCCGCUCAAAAUAGUGGCACCGGUGGCGGCAACGGUUCGGGAGGAGGCAGUGGCGCAGGAGGAAUAAGCACCGUUUAUUCAGACAAUGUUAACUUGCCAUCAGGCGUCCAAAUCGUCUACAACAGCAACAGCAACAGCAACAACAACAACAAUGCGGAGACGGAAACGGCUGUCAGAGACGCACCUGCCUCUACCAAUGUACUCCUGUCUUCCUCGCCGUCGCAGUUCUCCACUUUGGAGGUGGAAACUGAGCCCAGUUCAACUACCAGCGGUGACCAGCAGCAACUUCAGGCCGGUAGCACAUUGGCCGAGACGACCGAUGCUCCGCGUCCGUCCGAUCUAGGCAUCGAUUGUCAAGAUCGCGAGAGACAUUUCAGCUACUCGCAACGCGGAUCCUAUUGGAUUUUGAACCACUACGUGCCUGCCGAGAAGGCGUACCACUGCAACGAGUCGAUCACCUACACAACUCACGGCGACAUCACUUUCCUGGACAAUAUCGUGCCGCUAACGAAACGCUGGGACGGCCCGCUUUCUGUUGCCGUCUACACACCAGGAAGUGACUACGAGGCUGCCAUUCGCAGCAUGGCCUACUUGCGCCAGUGUACGGGGCCUGAUAUCCGACAAAGAGUUUCAUUUCAUCUCGUCUUGGACGAGCGCCAUUUCCCGACCAUCUUGCGCAAACUGCACUCACAACAGGGACCGCCAACCACACGGCCGCCGCUGCUCACCGUACCCAUGGCUGGUCUCUCCACUGCUACGCCGGACGUGCACGACAACAAGCGAGUCGUCAUGGCUCGGUCAUCCAAUGGGCAAGCUGUUCUGCGUGUCAAGCGCUCAGAUUCCCGAUCAUCAAGCCAAGCGAAAGAAACCACUGCUGCUGAAUCAAACAGUGUGGAAGUGGAUACGGAUGGGCUGCCGAUCGUCGACUGUGACCAACCAGCCCCUUGGUCGACUCCCCCGCAGAAAACCUUCAAACAGGCGAUGAAUUUGACGUACCCAGUGAACCUUCUACGUAACGUUGCUCGUCAGAAUGCACCAACCCAUUACAUUUUGGCGUCGGAUGCCGAAUUGUAUCCCAGCCUUGACAUGGUACAGCUCUUCUUUGACAUGCUGCGGCGCAACGAGUCUGUCCUCCAUCUAGGCCGACCCAAAGUGUUUGUCCUGCCGAUAUUCGAAGUCUACGGCAAUCAGACCGUGCCAUCAUCAAAGACUGAAUUGGUUGGGAAACUAAAGGCCGGAUUAGCGGUGCCGUUCCACCAGAAAGUCUGUUCCUAUUGCCACUCGGUUCCGAAAUCCAAAGAAUGGUUGGUGGCCAACGUCACAGAUGGUCUGCACGUCUUCCACAUUGCCAAGCGACACAAGCCUUACCAGCGAUGGGAGCCCAUCUACAUUGGUACGCAGGACGACCCACUAUACGACGAACGACUUACUUGGGAAGGAAAAAGUGACAAAAUGACACAGGGAUACGCGCUGUGUGUCCUGGACUACGACUUCAUGAUAUUGGACAACGCCUUCCUAGUGCAUCGACCCGGUGUCAAAGUGCCUCGUCGAGAGCCAUUGCGAGAUGCCAUGGCCAAGAAACAAUCCGCCAUCAUCCGGUCAGCAAUAUAUCGAGAGCUCAAAGUCCUUUACGGCCAAAACAGCAACUGCGUUCUAUAAUUUGGUUGUAUCUGUGCUGUGUCAUUCAUUUUUCGAAUUGUUGUACAUAAGGGAAUUUGGCAUCGAAGUUUUCUUCUUUCUAUUUUUUUGUUUGUUUGUUUUAGAUUAUGCUGCCAGAAAUGGCCAACUAUCCCUACGUUGCUUUUAAGUUUUCUAUUUUUUAUACUGCAAAACCUCCCUCCCCCCAAAAGGUUAAAUAAAAAAAAAAAGGGCUUUUAUUCAUUUGCCAGAUUUGAGGCGCUGAACAACUUGGGAUUCUAAUGGGUUGCUCAAGUGGAAGUGGUACAUCUAGCCAAUAAUUGCUGACUUUCGUGCCGUAGUGUCCUGUCAACAGAUUUCUGUUAAUUUGCCUUCGAGAAAUAACGUCCAUGCGAAAAACGCUCUGCCGUUCAUUAUACAAUAAACGGCCGGAGAAUAUACUGACAUGUCACCUUCCCUUAGGCCUCCCCAGUGCCUGUCUUAAGUAUUUGAAAAGUGGAAACGUCAUAGAAAAUAAUUGAAUGUGCAACCGAGAGUAUGAUUUCAUUAUGUGUGACUGAUAUCGUGUGUGCUUACUGUGAUGUCAAACCUUGAAAUAUUGAUCAGUGAAGGUCUUCUCUCCGACCAAGGAAAAAAAAAAAAAAAAUUGUUUACAUUUUUUUUUUUUUUCAUGAGAAGAAAAUUGCAAAUGUUUCAUUUCGCACGCUGAUACAUAUAUUCUCCGUACGACUGCGUUUGUCAUUCCGGUUAUGCUGAAAGUAUGUCUUCUUUGUACAACGGUGAAUAUAUUUGCUAAAAGGCUA